AUGUCAUCACCGGUAAACAACUUUUUUUCUGGGACCAGUCAGUUCACAGCCACAGACCUGCUGCCAUGGGACAGAAACCGAAUGGAUGGACUCAGCCGACUGAAGCUGACUGCUGGGAUACAGUGUCAGGGGUGGGUCAGGACAGGUCUGUUCUCAUCCUCAUCAAACACUGCCGGGACAUGAAGCAACAGGAGAUGCGCCUCAGACUCAUCACUCUGCUCCUUCUGCUCAGCUGUGCAGCGCUGUUCAUUUUUACCGUCGGCUUUGAAUUAAAGCAGCGUGAAAACUCCACAUCCACUACACAAAUGAGCAUGGACAUGCAAUAUCCAGCCUACUCCCAGCAGGGACAACUAUGCUCUGGAGAUAAUCCUCAGACUAACGUCCAGAGACUGCACAUUCAUCUGAGGUUUGUGCCUGAAGACAACAAGACUGACGGGCUAUACAUCAACUGGGACGUCAAUUUCGGUGAAAAGUAUAACAAAGAAAAACGUGCCAUCGUGAUUCCUGAGACCGGCAUCUAUUUCAUCUACGUGAGGACUACCUUGAGGUGCCAAGAUAAGGAUGACGCUGCAAAGUUCAAGAAGUUCAACAUGAUGCUGCACAAGUGGAACGAGGGUUACAACAAGACUUUACACCUGGCGGACACCUGGGAUGGCGUGGCGUGUGCCUCUGAGGGGUUGAGGAGUGUGUUUGUGGGGCAGCUUUUCGAUUUGUUGGAAGGAGAUCAUGUGAGCGUGUGGAUCGGAGAAGGUUAUGAACUGAUCCUGAAGUCGUCAUUUGGUGCUUAUCUUGCCUAGAGAACAUGCCUUGAUAAGAAUAUGCUUCUUUUUUUUUUUGUACAGGCUCAGUGAUUCAGCCUCAGUAAUGUGUUUAAAAUAUUUUUCCAAGCCUUGUACGUUUUAGAAUAGUGCUUCCUGUUAAGGCUUAAAAUAUCUGUGUAUUCAGGUAUCACACAGUGACUUUCUAUAGAAAGGACGAACUCCAUUCUGCCAAAAUACAUUUCCUCAUUUCCCGUUUCCAUGAAGCUGGUGGAGAGGUGGUGCCCCCAAGGUGUUCACUUGGGGCUGAGAUCUUGAUUAAGAGUUAAAGGUCGUAGCAUGAAACAGCUUCAGUCAUUUAUUUGUGUCGUCAUCAGUCUGGAUAUAAAGUAUUAUACAUUUAUGCACUUGAGUAUAAUAUGUAACUGAGACAGCGUCAGACUGCCUUUUAAGCUUUGAAUUAGCUUGUUGUGAGCAAAGCGCACUUUCCAGAAAUAUGCUAUGUUGUUAAAACAGCAGAUUUUGCAGAUUAACCCUCAAUUAAUUAUUUUUAAGAGUCUUUUUUUUAAUUUUUUAUUAUUCACUAUUUAUAAAUAACAGUUGUUGCUGAUAGUGAUCUAACAAACACAUAUUCAUCUCUGCAGAGUUUUAGGGUUUUGUUCUUAUAGCUGAUGCCUUCUCGUGUCCACUGCUGAGACUUUUACCGCCACCCCCAACACAACAGAGGUGAAGGGGAUUUAGUUUGUUCCCUUCAAAACAUGGAAAUGAACAUGAAUGAACAAAAAAAACUUUUUAAACACAGAAUAAUUCACAUACCCCAUACCACCAUAAUAUUCAGCAUCAGUUCAAAACCAUGUCCUUUGUGGCAAAGCUAACUGAAAGUGAGGCUACGAAAAAGACUUGAAGAAUGUAGAGAGAUGAACUGUGUAAACAUGGAUUUCACACAGUAUUAUAUAUGCUUCCACAUAUUCUACAUAUUUAAUGAUUAUUUUAUGACUUAUUAUAUAGUAAGAAUUUGGAACAAAUGUACAAAUAUUAUUUAUUGUUCAUUGUAAUAUUCUACUGUACUUUUUUUUUUUUUUUUUUUUUGGUCUUUAAUGUGUAAUUCCUACACCAGAUACUGGUUUUAAUGUUGUGACUGAAUGGUGUAUAUAAACAGUUUAUAUACAGAUGGGUGACAAAUUAAAGUAAAACCUGAAUAAAUGAGUGGAGAAAUGUGAUGAAUGCAGAUGCUUCCACACAGGUGAACUGUGCGGUACAGUUAAGCAGUGAACAUCCCAUCAUGCUCUGUGAUAUGUAUAUGAAUGCUAAUUGACUUUGGAAGAGGGGCCAUUGUUGGUGGCAACAGCUUCAGCCAGAGACUGAUCAGUUGCAGAGUGUUUCAACAGGAACAGCGACUAAACUGACAUCUGCAUUUAGAUCCACGGGAAAGACGACAGUAAACAGGGUUUAAAGUGGUGGUGAUGACUGUGAAGUUCAUGCAUUAGUGUGAUAUGGAAGAAAAAAAGAAGAAGAACUCUUCCUCGGUGCAGGAUGGGAUCAGAGGAGUCUGUCAAUAGUUUCGUAAAGAGGGAUGUUAUGGUAGAGCAGCAGAGCAUGAGGCCCACAUUACAAAGAUGAAGGAACACCUGAGAGUUAAGUGUUGAUGAUGCUAAAACACACACACACACUGAUCUCCUGAUGGGAGGGGU